AUGGAGAACGGAACUUUCUCUACAACAAAACAGACAAUUCCCCUUCUCACUCCAUUCUCAAUGAAAAACUUCAAUCUUUCUCACAGAAUAGUCAUGGCACCUAUGGCGAGAAUGAGAGCAUACGGUAACGUACCACAACCUCAAGCCGCCUUGUAUUACUCUCAAAGAACAACACCGGGAGGUUUUCUCAUCAGCGAAGCUACCGGAGUUUCUGAAACCGCCAUGGCGUAUCAAAACAUGCCAGGGAUAUGGAGGAAAGAACAAAUAGAAGCAUGGAAGCCCAUCAUCGACGCGGUUCACUCGAAAGGCGGUGUCUUCUUCUGCCAGCUCUGGCACGCCGGUCGAGUUUCUCAUCGAGAUUCUCAGCCAAAUGGGGAAGCUCCGGUCUCUUCUACGGAUAAACCACUCGCUGAGGAUUCAUCGAAUGAGUAUACAGCUCCAAGACGUCUAAGGAUUGAAGAAAUCCCCAACGUUGUUAAUGAUUUUCGCCUCGCUGCAAGAAACGCAAUAGAAGCUGGUUUCGAUGGAGUGGAGAUCCAUGGAGCUCAUGGUUACUUGGUCGAUCAGUUUAUAAAAGACAUGGUUAACGAUCGAACAGAUAGUUAUGGUGGAUCACUAGAGAAUCGAUGCAGAUUCGCUUUGGAAGUAGUCGAAGCCGUGUCAAAUGAGAUUGGAUCAGAUCGUGUCGGAAUUAGACUCUCUCCUUUCGCCAAUUACAUGGAAUCCGGAGAUUCAAAUCCUGAAAAACUAGGGGUUUACAUGGCAAAGUCUUUAAAUAGAUUUGAGAUACUAUACUGCCACAUGGUUGAGCCAAGGAUGAAAACAGCCAGUGAGAUAUUCGAAUGCUCGGAAUCUCUUACGCCAAUGAGAAAGGCGUUCGAAGGAACGUUCAUAGUUGCCGGAGGUUAUACAAGAGAAGACGGUAAUAUGGCGGUGGCCGAGGGCAGAGCCGAUCUAGUGGCGUAUGGACGACUUUUCUUGGCUAAUCCAGAUUUGCCAAGAAGAUUCGAAAUCGACGCGCCGUUGAAUAAGUACGAAAGAUCAAGUUUCUACAUUUCUGAUCCUUUCGUGGGUUACACUGAUUACCCUUUUCUCGACACAACAGAUUAA